AUGGAGAUCGCAGAGCAUUCGGAGGAAGAGCUGGGACUGGUCGAGGGUGACCCGGGGGACAGCGCCAUUGAGGACCCGGAGCUGGAAGCGAUCAAAGCCCUAGUCAGGGAGGUGGAGGAGGAAGCUGAGAAGCUAAAAGAGCUGCAGAAUGAGGAUGGCUUCACACCACUUUUAAUUGCUGUCCAUGAAAAUAGAGAGAAGAUGGUGGAAUUUUUAAUUGUGAACAAAGCAGAUAUUUAUGCAGUGGAUAACAUGAAUAGAACAACCCUCAUGUUAGCCCAACAGAAUAGAUCAACCAGAAUAGUCAAUCUUCUUCUGGAACAGAAGAUUGAUGUAUCUCACCAAGAUAGCCCUGGAUGUCCUGCAGAGAAGAAACAUCACCAGCUUAUUUUGGAUUAUAAAGAAAAACAAAGCUAUGAAAUGCUUAAAAAGAGAGAUCCAGGAGGUGAAAGUCCUGAACUCAAUACAAGAAGGUUUUGGAACAAACUUGAUGUUGCUGACGUAUUGACUGCUUUGGAUGCACAAGACUUCAGUUUAAAUACCAUGGAAGGACCAUCGACUUCAGCUGGUGUACAUAAUGAAGAUGGUAUUGCUGGCUUUCACAGUGCUCAAAAAGAACAAAGAGAUAAAGGCAGAAUAAAUUCUGUUCAUGGCUUGCACAAAAAUCAUCCAGAUGAUAUGAAAAUCUUAGGAGCUGAAGAUGAAGUUCUAGAAUCAACUUUGGAUCCUGAGAAACACACUUCCUUGUCAGCUACUGGAGAGAGUGAAGAUUUUGCUAUCAUUGAAAGUGCUCAGAGUCAGAAAACCAGUCAAGAGGAAUCAAAUUUCCAUUAUGUGUCUGCCAGCAAUACUAGUGAUAUGGUGUCUCCCAUUGAAUCUGAUUUUCAAGAUGUAUCUUGGGAUUCUCAGAAAAGCUUCUCUCCAUCACCAAAUGAAAAAGUUAUUACUGUCAUUCCAUGUGCUGCAAGAGAAGAAACAAAUGAAAACUCAUUAACUGAUAUUUCUGGAGUCCAUAAAGAAAAUACAAGUGGAGAAGAACAUAAAGCUAUAAAAUCUGCUUUGGAAUCUGAGGUUGAUAUUUCAGAAGAGGAAUUAGGAGAGAAGGCUGAAAACGAAAUUGAACAAGCAGCAAAAGAAUCUCAAGAUGCAGAUCUUACACCUGAGAAAAAAUCUUUGGAAUCAGAAGCUCAAAUGCGAAAAGGAAAACAAAGAAUAAUUAGACUGAAUAGACAAAAGGCACUUCUUCUUGAAGCCCAGGAAAAAGGAAUCUUAAUUGAAAACCUAUUGCCUGAGGAGAUUGCUUCGUUAUCAAGAAGUGACUCUCAAACUAAGCAGCCUGAAGCUACUAAAAAGGAGAGUCUCAAAAGCGUUGAUAAGAGAAGAUUACUAUCACCCAUAGUCAAGAAGUCGUGUGAUUAUCAUGGAAUUAAGAAUUAUACAAGCAUGGAACCAGAAUCAGAGCAAGUCAUUUCUUCUCCAGUGCAUAAUGCCAUAGAAGCAACACCAAAAGAGAAGGAAAAACUUGAUGGAAGUGAAAACAACCAGCUGCAGGCAUGGCUGAUUCUGAGGCCAGAGCAAGCAGUUGAUUUGUUAGUGACAGAUUAUGUGAAUCGAAGUAUCACCAGUUGA